AGUGCUCACCAUGUCCACCAUCAUCACCGGAGUCUCCUCCUCCAUGCCUCAGGUGUCCUACGUGAAGGCGGUGGACAUCUACCUGUGGACCAGCUUCCUGUUUGUCUUCCUGUCUGUGAUCGAGUACGCGGCGGUGAACUACUGCACCACUCUAGAGGAGAUGAGAAAGAUGAAGAGGGGGAAGAUCCCGUCCACCUUCAACGCCAGCCAGGCGAUGGCCUUCGACGGCUGUUUCCACGAUAACGACGUGGAGCUGACUCCGUUCUCCCGCGCGACGCCCACCCUGACCUCCGACCCCGGGGACCGGACCGGGGCCCCGGACGUCCGGCCCCCGGAGGGGACCCGCCUCCGCCGGCAGCGGUCCGUGCGCGAGAACGUGGACCUGUUCGUCAGCAACAGCUACAUGAUCGACUCGUACUCCCGCCUGGCCUUCCCUCUGUCCUACCUGCUCUUCAACACCAUCUACUGGAGCUUGUACUCCUGAUGCAUGCUGGGGGAUUCCUGCGCGGGCACCUCACUGCAUCAAUCUCUUCGUCACUGAUCAUCUGCUUUA